AAGUUCCUUACACACUCCAUUAGGUACUGUCAACACCUGCACCUGCCUCUACCCGGUCCACCAGAAAUAUUAAGAAACGGCGAGCAGACGUUGAUCUUCCAAUCGCACCACCACUGAACGAUAGGGAUAUGCGGCCGCCCAAGAGGACAAGAAACGCGCACUCAAUUGUGGAAUCGAUAGAACCUGAACCCGAUGCGAUGGAACCCCAAAGAGAUUAUGACGUCUAUCCAGGAGCAAUGAAGCUGCGGACCCAACUAGAUCGCCCAGAAGAAGUGGUCCUCAAGAGUGAGGACGAGUUCGAUCCAAGUGAUUCGCUGAGUGUCGAUGAUGGUUUUGAAGAUGCAUCCAGAUCAGAGAAGCGUCAAGUCGGAUCGGGGUCAACAAGUCGCUCACACCUAUCUGAGAUCGCCAGAGGAAAGAAGAAAGCGGUACCCCGACCAUUGAAUGACAACUACCUCGCACAGAUCGAAUCUAUACAUCUCAAGAAUGCUAAACAGUAUACAACUAAACCGCCUCCGCCAACUGGGUUCUACGUCCCACGCGUUUUCGUAUCAAGCGUUUACGGAGGCAGCUCCAUGCAAUUCAUGCAAAAGCUCACAGCCUUCGAUAUUCAAUGCAUAUGGCCUACCAAGGAUCUCAAUCCCCUCGUCGUGGACUCCCCUGGUGCCCCAGGAUUGUUAUUCACUUCAAGACCAGAGAUUGUUGGAGGCAAGCCUUGGCACGUUUUCUGCAAGUGGCAAGUGGAAAAACAGCUCCGCUGGGAGUAUGCGGGGAAGUAUACCAUGGUCAUCUCAGGUAAAAUCAAGGCAGAGCAGCUCGCUGCGCAAACAGAGGCGACGAAGAAGCGAUGGGGGGAGUACUUGAUAACAAGGAAGGAGGCGAGGGUAUAUGUUGCUAUGCGAGCGCGGAUUGCGCUGAGGAAGCACGACCAACCGCUGGACGAAAGAAGGGUGUGCAUGGAGAUUGAGGCUGUGACGGGUAGGGCGGUAGAGAAGCCAGGAGAUAAGAGGAUGACGAAGGAGGAUAAGCAAAAAGAGAGGGGAAAAAUCAAAGCUCGAGUACCAUUGGCCGUCACAGCUAAGGAUGUGAUCGAGGCGUUGUGCAAUGGUGAUGAGCAUAUCAACAUCCUGCGAAUGGAUUGUAUUGGGUACGAUCAUACGUUUGUGAAGGAUAUGCAGAAAAAACUGCCUCAAUGGCAGUCAAAGUCGAAGAGCACACCGAAAAAUAAAUCGGCAUCAGCAGGCAAGGGGAAGUUGCCAUUAAGGCCUGACGAUGGUAAUGAGCAGCAUACUUCUUCUGUUGCUCCUCGUCGACGAACUUCGAGGCGGAUGAAGAACUCCGUUCGUUCGCGGCAGCUUGCGGAUGAAGAGGUUGAGAGCGAGGUGGUAGAAUCGGAGGAUGAGCGUGAUGAUUCUAAUGCCGAUCCUGACUAUUGACAACCAAUAAUGAGGUUUAUGAGCUACCUGUUCUUAUAGCAACAUCAUGUAUCUCUCAUGAAAAUCUUUAUUUGAAUUCAGUCGCUCAGGCGAGAAUUUAGAUGGCGACUUCGGUAUUAUUAUA